ACAAUGAUGGCAGUGAUCUGGAUAAAGCUCCUACAAGCCACAGAGUGCCAGUGAAUGCCACAGGUUUGCCAGCAAGCCACCAGAAGCUAGGUGAGGGUAAAGAAAGAUUCUCUCAUACAACUCAGAGAAGGACUCAAUCUCAUCAAAAUCUUGAUCUUGAACUUCGAGUCUCCAGAAAUGGAAAAAGGAAGAAAGAAGCAAACGGAAGCAACUUCUGACGCAUUAUGUUCCUGAGCUGCAGCCAUACAAGCAUCCCAGCCCCACCCCCGCUUUGCCCCAGCCCAGACCCACUCCCUCAGGAGAGCUCACAGCUGCAGGGCUAACGCCAGAUGUGGUGCUGGCCACAAGGUUCUUGACCAUGGAGAGGACACUCACAGUCCUGCAGGUGAACCUGUACCACCCCACUCCAGGCUCGGCUGCUUUCACCAAUGUCCCCGUACAGAGGCAGCAUGAUACCAGCCCACUGCUAGUUGGGUGGGGGAAGGAUGUCCACCUCCAGCUGCAGCUGCCCCAACUCUCCCAUCGACACCUGUCCCUGGAGCCCUACCUGGAGAAGGGCAGCACUGUAUUGACCUUCUGUCUCAAGGUCCUGAGCCGCAAGAGCUGUGUGUGGGUCAAUGGGCUGCCACUGAGGUCCCUGGAACAAGUCCCCCUGAGCACCAUCAGCAGAGUCUCCUUCUGUGAGGUCCAGAUGGUGGUCCACAUUGAGGGAGGCACCUCCCUGGAGGCCUUUGUCUGCUGCUUCCAUCUCAGUCGCUCACCCCUGAUUUACCAACCCAAGGCUGAGGAGAGUGAUGAAAGGGAAGGCAUCCUACAGGAGCAACCUCCUCCAGGUUCAGGGACACAGACUCCUAGUCACCUGCGGUUUCUCCACAGUCCUUCUCAGAAUCAGAACAACCAUCUCCAACCCAGGCCUGGAGAAGGAACAGAAGUACAGCUGUACAGGGAGGCCCCAGACACUCCACUCUGCAGUUCUGCCACUGAGAGCAAGUCAUAGUGAAUCAGAGCUUGAAAUAUUCGAGCUACAUCAUGAGAGACUGACGUGCAAGCUUCACAUUCAAGGCCUGCUGGCUGCCUGGCUCACAAUGAACCAAUUCUGCAUCACACAAGAGCCCCCAGGGGUGGGAAAGAGCCUUCUGUGUCUAGAGGUCAUGCGGACGUCAUAUAAUUUUAGAGGCUGUGAGGGGUUCUGAGGAGCCCCUCCCAGCAUUACUCCACUUUUCCCCCUUCUCUGACUAGUAGUUACUUUAUGUUGUUCAUUUGGAGGGCUGCUUAAGAGCCAGAGUUUAAGGUUGCAGGAGGAAUGCACGGACACAUGUAGCAAUUACAUUUGUGGUAGCUCCAGGUUACCUUCAGCUUUCAAAUACCCACAGGCACUUAGGGCUUAGGGAAGCCUGUGUUUAAUAAACUACAAGUAUUUCAUUAAGCUGGCAUAUCCAAUAGGGUUCCUUGAUCCCCAGACGUUGCAUGCCACGUUGUCACGCAGAGGCAGCAGCAGGAAACCUAGAAGAGGUGUAAGAGGAAAUUGGAAAGGUAGGAAUCACAUUUCCGGAAAGGACAUAGGCAGAGCUCAGGGCUUUCAGGAUGGGAGCUGGGAGCUGGGCCUGCCUGGUAAUUCAUUGUCACUGUCAUCCUCCUCAUCCUCUCACUCUCCCAUUCUUUGCCACUACUGGAGCAAAGCCUUGGCUGUCCCAAGGGCGAGGUCUUCAGAGGAAAGGUGUUUCCCAGAGCAAUGGGCUCUUUCAGGACUUAUCCUAUGAGGUGUGGGGUAGAAGCCUGGGUUAGAAUUCAGUCCAGCAAUUACUUCACUCAGACUGGGUCAUAUACCAAUGAUGAGAGUCUGCAAAAUGGGAUUUGCAAAGGGCCAAGCAGGUUAAUGGUGGGCGGAUUUUCUCGGUUCAUGGGGGAGCACAAUGCCAGUAACCACUUACUAUGCUAUCUUGCCAAGGGAGAACGAGGCUUAGAAAUAGUCCUCACCAGUGUGAUGGAGGGAGGAGCCUACAAACUCAGAUGGUUACCAUGAUCCCAGACCCCUCCCCAUCUCAGGCACAGAGGGCAUGGUGCUGCCACUUGAUGACUCAUAUCCUUGGGUUCUGUAACUACCUCCAGUGUAUGCCACUCCCCACUGAAGAAGAACAACCUCAAGGGAGACUACAGGAGAUUCAGCUCCACUCCUAGACACUGAGCUUCCCCAUGGAGAAAAUGGCGCCAUAUAAGACUCAACAUGUCUUUACUUGGGAAGCUCCCGCAUGAAUAGGAAAUAAAUCAAGUAUACACAGAUAACAGUCACAAGGCAGAAGAGAGCAAGAGCUGCCAGGGAAGGGAUGGCCAAUGCUGUGAAGGGUCCCCUUGAGACUCCCAAAGCAGUCCCUAUUCAUUCAGC